GUGUUUAAUCGACUUUUGCUUAAUAAAGAAGGCAAGCGUUUGCGAUAGUUUCCGUAUAGAGUAAACGACGGUAAAUCGAGCAAUAUGACCCCCGAAACUUCCUUUCAAGGACCCCGAUGGUUUGAUCUCCAGUAUGUAACUGCCGUAAUGAACAAAUACACUGGGGAUCAACUACAGGAAAUUAAAAACUUUUGUCUUACACCAGCCACAGUGAAGGGUGAAAAUUAUUUCAGUGUUCUUUACUCGCUACGUGUCGAAUAUACCCUCAAAACUGCAAGCAAUCACACUCAGUUGGCUGCUUUUAUAGUUAAGUCAAAAUUGGAAAAUGAGUUAAUGGCUCAGUUGGAAGAUGACUUUGAUAUAUAUCAACGUGAAAAGCAGUAUUAUGCCGUAAUUAGUGAGGAAUUCGAGAAACUUUUAAAUUCCGUAAACGAAAAUUGUUUUUUGCAACCAAGGGUUAAUUACAUUGAUGAUCGCGUUAUAGUAAUGGAAAAUCUGAAAUUAAAAGGAUAUAACAUUAAAGAUGUACGUGAGGGAUUAGAUUUAAAUCAAUGCCAUUUGGUCAUACAAAAAUUGGCCAAAUUUCAUGCUCUUAGUAUGGUUUUAUAUAAGAAGAAUCCAGAUAUAUUCCGUUAUCAUUUAUCGGCUAACAUUUCGGAAAAUCCGUCACCUCUUCAUGAUAUGUACAAAAAGGCUAUACUAUCCACGAUUGAAUAUUGCGAAAAUAGCACCGAACUUAAGCAAUACGUGUCGAAGUUAAAAAACUUUAGUGAACAGAUCAUAAACAAAAUGAUUGGCGUCUACAGUCGGAAUUUAGAAGAUCGCUUGUUGGUACUAAAUCAUGGAGAUUUGUGGAUAAAUAAUAUUAUGUUUAAUAACGCCAAGGACAAUGAGGAUGUUUUGUUUAUUGACUUUCAGGAAGGAUUCUACGGUUCUCCUGGAAUUGAUUGGAAUUAUUUCAUAUUCUCUUCGUGGCAAUUGGAAGUUUUCCAGCAUCAUUUCGAAGAUUUAAUAAUGGUUUAUCAGUUAAUAUUGUCUAAUUUUUUAAGAAAAUUUAACUAUCAAGGGCGAAUACCCAACGAAAAGGAUAUUAAACUAGAAAUUAUGAGUAAAGGCUCACAUGGUUUGGCUACAGCAACUUGUAUUUUGCCAAUUUUGAUCAAUGAACAUUCAGAAUUAACCGAUCCAGAGGAUUUCAUUACCGAUACCGAGGAAGCUAUUAACAAAAGACGCAUUAUUUUCAGUAACCCUAAGUUUGGACAAAAACUUCAAAUAUUUUUAAAAUAUUUUGUUGAAAAUAAUAUUUUGUAAAAUUUUUCUCACAAUUUUUAGUUUGAGUUUUAGUUUUGUCGUAGAAAGAGUAAAUUUACAUGUAAUAUUUAUAUACUUAUUUAAUAAUAUGAUUUAUAUGCUUAUCCCUAUAGCACUGUAAUUGUAAAGAAAUCAACGAAUGUUAGAAAUUCAUACAAUGUAUAUGAUGUACGUAACGAAGGAAAAAUCUAUAAAAAAAAAACCUCUGCUUAAAGUUAAGUAUUAAAAAAUGUCAAAAUUGCACAAAAUUAAUU